UUUGAAUAUUCCCCUUUGCCCUAACCUCGCGUACCCGCAAGAAUUCGCGCAAGAGGCGGCAGCUUCGGACGACUAGAGAAGGCUUCGAAGUUGGGAUUUUGGUCGACUGAUUGCGGUCGGAAAUCUAUUCGCUUGGAAGGGAACGCGUGCAUGUCGGACGUUGGAGUUCAGUUCGCGAAUCGCGAGGGCGUCGGGAGAUUACGCGAUCCUCAUUGCGAGGACUAGGAAUACAACAACCAACCAAAGGAGCGGUCACGAGUUGUGAGGAGAUUCUUCUGGUUCGGGAGGUUUUAAGGGCCAGCGGGAGGCGAGAACCUGGAAGGAGUGCAGACGGGUGGGAAAUCAGCAAGAGAGGAGGCCAAAUGGGAAGCAGCAAGUUGGUAGACUGGAGCCCUGGCAAGGCGAGAGAGGAGGAAAGAUUAUCUUUGAAUGUUUGGGUAGACAAUGCCAAGAAGCGUGUAGUACUUGCAGAAGCUAGCAGCGAUUUCAUCAACGUACUCUUUAGCUUCUUGACUCUACCGCUGGGCACCAUUAUCAAGCUUCUAUCCAAAAACUCCGGUCUGGGAUCCAUUGACAAUCUCUAUGACAGCAUCGAGAAGCUUGACGAUCAAUAUUGGCAGACUAAGGCUUGUAGUAAUAUGCUUCUUAGCCCUCGAAAUGCAGCCGAAAAAUAUUGUGAGCAUUUAAAGCUCAACGUGGAUGGUGACAAUAACCCGAGAGAAUUUUAUUAUUGCAAAAUGGAAAGAUGCAUAUCACACUCCAAAUAUUAUUUCUCCUCUGUUAGGGACACAAUAUGUCAUUAUUGUGGAGAGGUUAUGGAUGAAGUUGAGCUGUGGGAAAAAGUUGAAAUAAUAGAGAAUGAUGAAGUAUUCGUUAAGAAAAAUAACGUCAAAUACAUAAUAACCGAUGAUUUUCAUGUCAAACCAUAUUCAAUGUCGUACUACUAUGAUAUGCUGAAAGACUCUGGUGUAGAAGAUUUGUAUCUCAUGGAGGUGAGGACCAUUGAGUUUGGAAGAGAAGAGCUUUUGAAUUUACUAAAGAAAUUACUAGAAGGAAAAGAAGUGCUGACAAAAAUUUGCUUCCCUGAUUUGUGCAUUCGAUCUACUACCCCUAUAUAUUACGAUGAAAUGGAGAUUAAAAUUUUCGAAAGGGAAGAUAAUGCACAGUUCGAAACAAGUACGUUACAGAUCACGCUCUUCCUGAAUAUAACAAACAACAAUGUGGUGUGUGCAGAACUAAAAGAAGACUUAGCUAAUCAGUUAUUUAGCUUUCUCACAUUUCCACUUGGCUCAGUGUUGGGGCUCAUUGAUUUUUCCAAUUUCUUAGGAUGCAUGCCCAACCUAUACAAUAGCAUUCAAGAAUUAAAAAUUGAUUGUUUCACGUCAGAGGAAGCAAAAAGUAUGCUGAUAUCACCACAACUUCCACCCUUUAGUGGUUACAACAAACAAAUGCUAAAUAUUCAAGAACACCCUCCUUAUGUCGUAAAUCGUAUAAAUAUAUUUAAGGAGGGAUUGGGAGAAUCUUACUCAAGUGAAAUCGAUCCAAAGUUACCUAUGACAGAUAUUGAUUCAAAUGAUGGAUUUGUUGGGACUCAAUCUUUUGUGGUAACAGAUGACUUCCAUUUUACUCCAAUGUCCUCUUUAUCUUUCACACAAAUCAAAGAAAUGCUGGGCCUUCGUAUUGACCACCUUGAGAAGAGGAAGAUGUCUAUAGGAAAGGCUCAGGUUCUUAAUCUUCUUAGAGCCAUGCUGGUCUCCAAAACAGUACUUAGUGAUGCUCUCUUUCAUUGUGCUAAGCAGGUGAAGUAGAAGGCUUUUUGUGAUUUUAAAGGGAUAGUUUCUUAAUUGUUUAGAACCCCGAUGCUCUCAGUUGUUUUUCUCUUAAGUUGUUUUAUGGCACUUUUAUUUCAA